GUUUAUGGAUCAAAUGAAUGUCAUUAAUAGGCUAAUGCUACAUGACGUCCUCAGUAACAGCUGUGAGUUUUAUCUCAAGAGAUCAAUGUGGAAAUCUACCGCUGGCCACACAAGUCAGACACACAGUCAUCCAAUUGCUGCUUUUGGAUGCAGCAUCAAAUAGAGCUGCUGCUAAACAAUCAUUUAGAGAAUAUCUGGUAAGCCGCAUUCAUUGAUUUUUUUAGCAUAUGUACACAUUUGAACUUACUGAAAAUAUGUGUUAUACUAUAUACUACUAUGUUUAAAUGUGCUUAUUGAACCGGCAUGUAAAUUAUACAUGUGGUUUAUAGCGUCUUUAGAGGUAUAAUGUACAAUAUGACAUGAUUUCUCUGUUCUUUAGACUGGAGUUUUUAAGCAGUGGUCGUCCUCCAACGCAGCCUGUGGAGCUCAACUAUGUCUUCUCUCAGGGCUGUUUUAAAUUACUCUCUCAUUAUUCAUCCUCCAGGCUUCUAUAUCAUCGGAUUUGAGACAUUUCCCUUCAUCAGUGUUUACUUCAUCUUUCUAGCAUUUGUUUAUGUGGUUACAGUGCUGUUCAAUAGUUUGGUGAUCUAUGUAAUUGCCUUUAAUCAUUGUUUACACACUCCAAAAUUUCUGGCUGUGGUUAACCUGGCAGUAGUUGAUGUAAUCCUAAACACGUGCACUAUUCCCAGCAUGCUAAAGAUAUUCCUCGUUAAGGAUAACUUUAUUCCAUUCAACCUCUGUCUGUUACAAAUGUUUGUCUACUAUGCUAUAGUAUCUCUGGAGUCAUGUGCACUCGCUAUACUUGCCUACGACAGGUUGAUUGCAAUAUGUUUCCCUCUGCGUCACAACUCAAUCAACACAUUGCGGAGCAUGUCUUGUAUUAUCGGCCUGACUUGGUCUUUUGCUCUGGGAGUAACCACAUUUUCAACAUCUAUAAUGACUCGACUGUCUUUUUGCAAUUCUGUCAGAGUGUUCAGCUAUUUCUGUGACUAUGCACCUGUGUUUAGACUCGCCUGUAAUGAUUACACAAUGCAGUGGUCUGCAGCUUCUUUUCUCACUGUUUUGCUCCUUGGAGGACCCUUUACUUUUAUUCUUCUGUCUUAUGUCAGCAUCCUGGUGACCGUGUUUAGGAUGAAAUCUUUAGACAGUCGGGUGAAAGCUUUGGCCACUUGUGUUGAGCAUAUCAUCCUGGUUGCUGUAUUUUACAUUCCUCUCUUUACCAUUUUUACUAUCGGAUUUUAUCUGCGUCAGGUUGACCCAGACCAGCGUGUGCUGAGCCUGUCGCUGGCCUCUUGCAUCCCACCCUGCAUCAAUCCUAUUGUAUAUUCUUUGAAAACGAAAGAUAUCAAAAUCAGAGCCUUUGCACUGGUAAGAAAAAAUAUGGUUAGACUUUGAGGGUAGUUUGUGUAGAAGGUUAAAAAGUCAAGAGCUGGGACUUUUUCUUAAAAAAAACCUGAUUUUGCAGAAGAAAAAAAAAUACUUUGGAAAACCAGAGCGCCGGAACUGGUCAGAAACAUUGGCUCAUUUCAAAAUUUAAUAUAUUGUUGACUGUAAAAAGAGCUUCCCCAG